AUGGCCAAUAAACUUCACGAUAACGUGUCUCGAGUGAAAAAGUUCAAUGUUCUCGGGACAGCGACCUUCAUCGGCCUGCGCGCAGCAGAUGUCGCUUUUCAAUAUACUCUUUUGAAUGACGGAUGGGCAUCAAAGUUGGUGCAGACUCUGGGGGGACGGUCCGUGGAACUGGCGCAACUGAACUCAGCCGGGCGAGGCCUUCAACCGUAUUACACAAUCAUCGCUAUGAUGGCCCUCGGUAGCAGCCUGAAGCAGAUCAUCACAAUGCUUGUUGUCUCGGAGCAGGACACGCCAGUAUCAUCGGCCAUUGUAAUUUCUCUAUUCAAUACUGUAUUCAACUCACUCAACUCACUGUUCUCGGUCUGGGAUGUUACCUCGAGAUCUCCGCCUACGGCUGGUUCUAUCCUUGGGUCGCCUUCAAUCAUCGCUGGUCUCGGAUUUUAUCUCGUCGGCAUUUCCGUUGAGCUGCUCUCAGAGCUCCAGCGCACAGCUUUCAAGAAAGAUCCCGCCAACAAGGGGAAGCCUUACGCGGGGGGUUUAUUUUCUCUCGCCACGCACAUCAACUAUGGCGCCUACACUAUUUGGAGAGCAUUCUACGCCUUUACUUCUGGAGGCAGUCUCUGGGGAUUCGCUGUCGGACUCUUCUUCUUUUACGAUUUCGCGCAUCGUGGGGUGCCUGUUUUGGAUGAGUAUCUUUCCCAAAGAUAUGGCAGCCAAUGGGCCACAAUUAAAGCACGCGUCCCGUACAAGUUAAUCCCCGGUAUUUAUUGA